AUGCUUCUACUUAGCUUGAGUCUUUUCUUCUUGCUUGUUGCUUUAUUCAAAGCCGAUCCAAAAGUAUGCACUGCUCUUUACAAGGUGAUAGAUGAAAAUUGUCCGGCAAACGCUGUAAUUCAAGAGAUUCUAAACGACGAGAGGCCGGAGCCAACGAAACGAGAGUCGAAUUGGGGAAUUGUUGACACAGACCGCUUGUUGAUCAGCCGUAGUCAAGCCUUUGAGGUGGGCACAGGACUUGGGAAUCGACUCUUUGCUGUCAUGUCGACAUUCGGAAUUGCCAACAAGUUGAAUAGACAAGCGAUUUUUCCGGCUCGUCACGAACUGUGCACUUGGCAUUGCAUUGAGGCACUUUGGGAGAUCUCGACUCUUUUCCCUGGUCUCAUCCCAGAAAAAGCUAUCGAUGUUUCGGCUCGGCACACGAAAAACCUCUACGAUGAACUCGUGAUCAAUGAGUGUUGUCUUUAUAUUGACCCAUUCAAAAGACACUUUCCAAUUCAACAACAGCAACAAACUCUUCGUUUUUAUGGCUCCUUCAUUCAAAGCUACAAAUACUUUAUCGACUAUCAAGACGAAUAUGAGCCAAUUUUGAAAUCCGGAUUGAAAGCUUUUGCGAAACUUUCAGCGUCAAUGGCGCCAAUUGAAGUGAUUGAUCCGGGAGCGACAAGAAUCUGUCUUCACACUCGUCGUGGCGGCUUUACAGGAGACUUUCAUCAGGCCUCAAAUCCAACUUUUCUUCGCAACACAAUUCAACAUUUUUCGAAACCGAAAAAUCGUCGAAAUGGUAUCAAGAAACGACAAAUAAAAGAAUUCAAUGUGGUCAAAAAAUCCCUUUUUCAAACAUUCUUUGAUCUCUCGCAUGGCAGAAAGAAAAGAGAAAGCAAUGACGAUGUUCAAUUUCUCCUAUUCGGCGAUGAUGUGGAUUGGUUGCGCUCAAUUGAGGCUGAAAUGAAGAUUUUAAAUCCAAAUCUUCAUAUAGUUGAUCAAAAAGGAUCGCCACCGGUCGCUACAUGGCAUUUCUUUUCACAAUAUUGUGACAAAGUUGUGAUCACAGCUUCUUCGUCAACUUUUGGCUGGUGGGCGGCUUACUUUUCACAAUUGGGGCGGCCGAAUGUUGAGGUCUACUACAAUAAGAGAUUCGCCAAAAGCGCCGCCUAUUUAACCCAGCAGAAAGAUGAAGAUUUCUUUUUGCCCAAUUGGAUACCCCUUGAUUUGGAGAAUGGAAAUGAUAAACGAAAA